CCUUGGUUCAAGGUUGCUAAAAAAGCAAGGGACCCACCUUGGCGUGGUCAUCUCCUGGUCGCGACUUUACGAGCGAAUGAGAGGGAACUAUGGCGAAUGAGAAAGCGCAAGGAGAGGAAGGUACCCAGCCAGGUCCCAGCAAGGUUCAGCAAGGUUCAGCACAUAGUAAGGUUCAGCAGGUGCUGGCGGCCCCAGACUUGCCCGACCUGUUGUCCAACCUUGUCCAACCUCAUCCUCACCAACCUCCUCCACAUCUUCCACAAUCUGCCACCAAAUCUGCAUCCUGAUUGUUCAUCUUUCAAACCCGACCGAUACGGAUGAGUUUCCAAAGACCCGCAAUUCCCUCCCGGUGACUUCUGCCCUCACUGCCCUCAUGUAGAAUGCUAGCUAUCAUUUCUUCCACCUGCGAGAAUAUUCUUAUGCUUUGAUUGAUAGAUACGCGAAAGCCUGUAAAUUCACGUCCCGAAAUCCGAAAUAAUCCUACCGAGGCCCCCCCGUCAGCUCAAGGUAAACAAAUCAAUUGACACCAACAAAGUCCCGAGUACCCGCCGUCCAAACUCGAACACCUUUCUUUCCCGACCGCAACUUUCAUCACUAACACGAUUCCUGUUUAGACUUUCUGGACUAGACCAUCUGUUAUCGAUUAAACUCUAAACUCAGGCGAUCAUGUCGCUUAAGAUCGAGAAAGAAACGAUCCGCCAUGCGACCGAGACCGUGCCCGGCGCUCUCGCGCACAUUCCUCGUGACGGCCCUCUCCCAGGCACGACCGGCAAGCAUCCCAUCGCAGAAGCGAUCGGUACCGCGAUCACCGGAGGUAAACGAAAUGCCGGCACGAGGGGCUACUUAAUGGCCUACAUUAAUCAGCUGGAGAAAAACCCGCUGCGGACUAAGAUGCUUACGGCUGGAACCCUCGCCGGUCUACAAGAGCUUCUCGCGUCGUGGCUAGCCAGAGACCGCAACAAGCAUGGAAACUAUUUCACGGCCCGUGUCCCAAAGAUGGCGGCAUACGGCGCCCUGGUCAGCGCGCCCUUAGGCCAUUUCCUGAUCUGGUGUCUUCAGAAGGCUUUCAAGGGUCGCACGAGUCUCCGUGCCAAGAUUCUCCAGAUUCUUAUUAGCAACCUUAUAGUUGCUCCGAUCCAAAACUCUGUCUACCUCGUAGCUAUGGCUCUCAUCGCCGGUGCCCGAACCUAUCACCAGGUCCGAGCAACGGUACGCGUCAGCUUUAUGAAGGUCAUGAAGGUAUCUUGGAUUAGCUCGCCGCUGUGCCUUGCUUUCGCACAGGCCUUCCUACCUGAGGCCGCCUGGGUUCCCUUCUUUAACGUCGUCGCCUUCACCAUCGGCACGUAUAUUAACACCAUGACCAAGAAGAAGCGUCUUGCUGCUCUACGCAAGAAGCACUUUGGCGACGGACGAUCGGGCUCCGUGGCGGGUGGACGGCCUGAGCAGGACUAUCCCCCUCCUCCUUCCUCAAUCGGUGGACCUAACCCUCCAUACUAACUUGUGAAUUAACUGUCGGGAUGGGGGAUGGGAAUGGGGAUGGGGUGUUGCGUGGGAUGGAAUGUGGAAAUCUGUAGGUAUUGAGGAUGACCGGGGCCGGCUCACUCGACUUAAUAUCGGGGACGCUAUUUCACGUAACGUCGUAUACAAGUAACGAGGGAAAAUAGGGAGGUUUGGGGUUAUAUCUUGGGACGAUCCGUGAUGUGUUCAGGAGUAUCCGCGCUUUUAUAUAAUUUGCUUUCGUCCUGUUAUUUGCAGUACCAAAAUAUUUCCUCGAGUAGUUCAUAAACAGAAUAAACUAUUGAAAACAUAAC